AUGUCCCGCUUCUCCAACCGCUCGAGUCUCCCGCCACAAUACAGUCCCAAUCCCGGCGAAGGCGCGCCUCGCGGAGGUGGUGGUCUUUUUGUCGUGAACCCUGGCACUUUGUCUGAUGUCGAUGAGACGCCUGAACCUCAGGAACUUCCUCCGGAGGGAAAUCCUCCGCGCGAUUCUAGCAGAUAUAGUGGGCCGGCUCCUAGUGUGAGGACGAGUGCGUAUGAGGCUUAUGGGAGGGCUUAUGGACCUGUGGCUACGACUUAUGUGCCUUCUCCUAGUCCGGAGGGGGAGAUGGAUGAUGGGGUUGGGAAUGAGGAGCAGAAGCCUUUAGGACCUCGUCCGCAGCAGAAGAGGAAUGAUGAGCUGAUGCUGGACUGA